CUGGUGCUGGGUGAGGAGGGGGCUUCGGUAGGGAGACCUUGACUCUGUGUCCCUGCGUGGGACUGGGAUGCACAGCCCCCCUUUUUGAGGAGGCACGUCCCAGCAUCGGGGGCUCUCCAAGGCUUUGCCAUCUGCCUCUUGUAGGUCAUCUCUCUGCGCUCCAGGCAAGAGCAGGGCUGGCUUAGCGUGGCUGGUAACCACACACUAAUAAAGCCUUAAUACCCUGCAGCGGGGAGAUUUCACUGUCAGAGAUAAAUAUUCAUAUUGCUUUCCAAUUCAGCCUUGGCUGCACGACAAGGGCGCCGUGGGGGGAGAGGGGAGGGCUGCGGUGUGCUCCGAGCCCCGCUGGCUGCCCUGCCUGCUCCUGCCUGCCUGCUGCGUUCAGUACCGUGCCCUGGCUAAUUGUGGGCUGUGAAUAUCGUGCCCAGGGCUCUCAGGGGACAGGAUGGUGAGCGUGGCACAGGGUGCCCCUCUCGCCGUGCUCCCCGCCUCCUCCUUCGCCGCCGCCUCGCGCACGCAGCCUCCAUCUGCACGCGACGCUUGAUUUACCGAGGAGAGCUGGCAGUUAAACCUGACAAAUUGAAGGCAGUUUUAAGUGGUUCAGGUUAAUUAAUAGUCAGGGAAGUAUCAAUUUUUUUUAAGGGAUGCUCUUGGCUCGCAGGGAGAACUGGAGUUUGACUUUGCCUUUGGAAAGUAUCACCAUCUGCACGGGUGGGCGCCCGCGGGCAGGGGGAUGGAGCUGGGCAGGAUGCUGAGCUUGGUGUCACUGCUCCAGCUCCUGUCCCACAGCCUCACACUGCUGCUGGUAUUUCUGACCCCGGCUUGCUGGUGCUGAGGGAGUCGCUGGCACAGGGAGGGACAGGGCUGUCCUGUGUGGCCCCAAGCUCCACUGCUCAUCUCAGGGUCCUUCGUGGCUCUGGUUGUCCUCUCUCCUGGGGUCUGUGCCAUGGCUGCAGUGCCAGAGGGUGCAGCUGUGCCAGUAACCAGAGAGAUUCAUCCAUAGCCACGUGUAGUGGCACAGCUGGGUGGCUGCAGUGUCCCUGCUCCCGUGGGGGACCCGAGGGUGAGCAGCAGCUUUAAUGGGGGGUUCAUGGGGGUCCAUCCUGGGCUGGGACUGGGAGCUGGCAUGGAUGAACUGGAGCAGCAUCUGCUCCCCUUGGUUUCUGCACAUGACCCCCAUGUUCACAUCUGCCAAAGCCUGGGAAUGCUGAGGGGAAGACAGAUUUUUAAAAAUCCCACUGAAAGAAGGUUAAGUCUUGUAUAAGGAGGAGAGAUGGCCAGUCUGAGUGUGUGUGGCACAGGAAGGCUCCGAGCUGUGUGUGAGAAAGUCUGCAUGGCACAGGAGCUGAGCUGUGUCUGUGAUUGUCACGGGAUGCCACAGGGGUGGACAGCUCUGGGAUCUGGCUCAGGGCUGUGUCCCAGAGCAGCACAAACCCUUCCUCAGGCCAUGUGCUCUGUCUUUCCCAGCACAGAGCAGGAUGCAGGUGGAAGUGAUGGGUUUCCAGCAGCCCUAAUUCUUGGGAAUAUGAGAGAUUAAGGUUAGUGACCAUUUUUUAACUCAAUAAAGGGGAAGACAAGCUGGAGUCUGCAGUCCAGAGAUAUAAUUAGUUCGCAGCAGUGGUGCUUUCUUGAUUUAGCUUCAGAGAGCAGAACAAGACAAGGAUGUUAUACCCAAUUAGCAAUAACAUACAGCCCGAGCCUCGCUAGGUGAGAUAACAAGCCAUUUUUAUAGCUCUUCUUUACGGACUUUUUUUUUUGGAAAGAGAGGGGGGGAAAGACGAAAGGGACCAAGUCUCGAUUUCUUUUCAUCAGGGAACAAUUAUCAGUGAGCUCAGAAAGCCCAAAGCUGAGUGAUCUGUUGGCCAGCGCGGAUGAUAAAACAAAUCCAGCAGCUCAGAGCUGGGCUGAGGCCAUCUCUCCAUGCAGCUGGGGGAGGCUGAGCAGGUGACAGCCGUGUCCCGGCAAGGACACGGCCAAGGGCCACCCACACACCGUGGAUGUGCAGCUUUGUGGCACAUGGCCUGGCCGUGCUGCCCGCGGGGACCUGGCGCAGGUGGGCGCUGCUGGCUGUGCUCGGGCUGUGUCCCACGGUGGGUGACACCGAGCCGUGUCCCCUGCCCAGCCCCGGUCAGGUGGCAGCCGCCUGCCUCUGCCAGCGCCGCCGUCCCUUUGCAUUGCAGAUCGAUGGCCAUCGAUUUUUCCUCCCCUGUAAACCUGCCCGGGUCGGGUUUUUGUGCACGUCUGGCUCUGCCGUGGUCGGAGCAGCCCGUGCUGGUCCCUGAUCCCAUCCAGCUCCCCUCUGCAGCAGUGAAACUCAAGGACAUCCGGAAAAACAGCCUUGUAAAGAGUCGGGAAAACUCGGGUUUCAUUAAUCAGCUGUUAAUGACGGGCUCUGCGGUUCGGUGGGGUGUUUGCAGCCUCUCUCCUCGCUCCCCAGGGCAGCAGCCCCAGCCCCUCCUGUGGUACCCGCUGGGGAUGGGGCUGUGCCAGCUGGUUUGGGGCACCUGUGGCAGCAGGGUGUCACCCUCAGCCUGGGGACACUCCUGCUGCACAGGGGGCUCAGUGUGGGUGACAUUCUCCCUCCUGAUGUCGCCCACCCUGCAGCCACCCCUCCGAUGGGGCAGAGCCUGGGGAUGGACAAGCAGGCUGCUGUCCCCUCCGUGUCCUCCCUGUACCCUCCGUGUCCUCCCUGUCCCCUUGUCAGAGUUUUACAGCCUGCCAGGCAGUGGUGUGGCUGCAUGGGACCACCUGAGCUCAUCCCACCGCACCCCAGCCCACCCGUGGGAGCUGGGCUGGGCCAUCCUCGCUUGUCCCCGCCGGGAGCCGCUCUCCGGGCUAUUAACACCCCGCGAUGAUCAUCAGCUCUCGUCGUAAUCAUUAAGACUAUUAGAAAGAAAUGUUGGCUCGCAGCUCGUGUCAGACUUUCCGUUCUGCUUUGCAAACGCGCACAAUUAAUGCCAAUCAGGCGGGGGAGGCAGCCAGCUCCGAUCCCGGCUGCUCCCAAUCCCGGCUGUCAGCUCUCCCCAUCCCGCCUGGUACAUUUUCAUACAAUUGCUAUAAACAUCUGAGGGAAACUCCGUGUUCUUCGGCAGCGCUGAGUAUUGUUCUCUGUUCCUUUUAAUUACUCGGCAUUCAGCGGCUCAUCCGGCCUCCCGAUCGGUGGGGAAAGUAGGGAUUUGUAAAACAAAUAGAGAAAUCUGGAGAGAUGCCUUAUUUUCCCAUUCAGUGCCUGCCUUAGGUUGUCUAUGGCUAAAUAAGAAAAACCUGCUAAUUUUUCUUUGUCUUUUUCUUCCUUCCCCUCCCGAGUUGCUUUCUCCCCACGAGGACACAGCCUGGUCCCUCUCCCCAGAGAACCCCAAAAGCAGGGUGAGCUUGGGAGAAGGCGGGGAAGAGCUGGAAUUACUUGGCCGGAUGGUGGUAUAAUCCUUGUUACAAAAGUACACAUCAAUUAUAAGAAUUCCUACAGUAAUCUUGGAAAUCUAUCUUUUCUGCUGAACCAGCUCAUUAAAGAGCACCAUUCAUUUCCAUCUCUCCGGGUGAGAAGGGUUUAAAUCUCCAGAGCUUUGUGUUACCAAAUAGACUGAGGGUGAUGGACUCGCGUUAAAUAUUAAAAGGAAGAAGUUGAUUUUUAUUUUUUUUCCCCUUUUUUUCCCCCCAGACCGGCAGCACAGACAAAAUGGAAUGAAAGGAGAGGAGGGUGAGGGGUCCCUGCUGUGAGAAGGUGUUGGUGGGUGACACAGGGCUGUGCUCAAUGGCUGCCUUUGAGGACCCCCCAUUCCUCCCUUGGCCUGGGGACCCCUCCAGCUCUGGGGGAGGAGGGAGGGAGCGAGGGAGGUUUCCCCAGGCCACCCUGGCAAGCCCCCGAGCCUGCGCCGGAGCCGGCCGUGGCACAGGCAGGGCUUUUGUGUGCCGGCGGGGCAGUGGGCGAGGGACGGGCACAGAGCCCCUUUGUGUGCAGCUGCGAGCAGAGCAGGAUGUGGGACAGAGCCCAGCCGUGGGGAUGGGGAGCUGGUAGCCAGGGAUGAGGAAAGGUAGCCACGGAUGGGGAUGGAGAGCAGCGGCCGGCCGGGUCGAGGGCGGCGCGGGGCGAUGUGUGCGCUGUGCCGAGGCUCUGUGCAAACAUGUUAAUUUGUUUUCUUUCUUGCCUCGCCUUUCAGGGUAAUUGGUUGCAUUUGAAGCCUUUGUGAAAGGCUUUGAUUAUAGUAAUUUCAGCAGCGCGAUCUACCCUGGAUUCCUUAGCGAGAUUCUUUCACAGCUCCAGAACUUGGGGCUGUAAUUACGGAGUGGAGCACGCCCAGCUGCCGAGUGUGGGGCAGCUGGACAGGGCACCACGGCCAUGGGAGCACAGGGACUGUCACUGCAGGGGACAAUCAAACCCCUGGUAGGAGUGAGCCAGGAUGGGACAGGAGCUGUGAUGGGGAGCUUUGGUCUCUGCACUGCUGAGUUUGUUGGGUCUCAGCUGGAGUGCCCAUGGUGUGGUUGCCCGUGCUGGAGUUGGCUCCUGGCUUGUUGGGGUCCAGAGUGCUUUUAGUUGCUGCUGCAUGGAGCCACUUGGCUUUUCUGCUGGUUGAUCCCAGGUCUGUGCUGGGGCUGGGACUAAAGCCCGUGAGCAUCCCGAGCAUCCAUGAGGGACAGCUCCCCAGUCCGUGUGCAGGAGGAGGGCAUGGCACGGCUGUGUCAGAUCAGUGAGGUUUUGCUUUGAGGAGCUGUUGCCACAUCCGAGGGGCCACGUCUCCACAUGUCUGGCAGGACCUGGCAGAUCCUGCCCGCCCGCUGCGCGCUGGCCCUGCCGGGACCUCGGUGCACACAGCCAGGGCUGAGCCCUGCCAAAAACACCGACGGCACCCAAGCGGGGCCCUGACCUUUGCUAACAGGGCCGCUCCCCCCUUGCUCCUGGCAUUUUGUUCCCAGUCCCACGUAAUGACCUUCUCGGCAGCGCCGUGCCAGCGUCUGCCACUUCCAAUUACCCACGGCUGCUCGGCGCCCGCCGCGGCACGCGGGGCUCCUUCCUCCCUCCAUGCCCCUGCAUGCUGCACUCUGAUCCCCCACCCUCCUGCCCUGGGGAGCCUCAGGAGCCCCCCGAAAGCCCCCAGGGCUCCGGGGUCCUGCCCUGGGGUGCUGGAGGCUCUUGGCUUUCCAGAAUCAUUAUUAACCUGUUCGAGAGCUGUUCCCGCUCGCAGCGAAAAUAGAUCUUUAAUCUCUGCCCAAAAUAGCUCAUUUGAUGAGAGGCCUCCUUAAAGCUGACACAUAAAUUUAACCAGGCCGCCCGAGCCCUGCACAGGGACGUCUGCAAAUGCUCAACAGCACUCGAAUUGUUGGGUUUUUUUAAAUUCCAUCGUUGCGGACAUAUCUGAUACCCAAUUUCUUCCUUAGGGUCUUUGGAAGUGCUCAGGAGAUGAUUUGCCGUGCCCUGUCCCAGUUCCUUUCACCCUGCUUGUGAGCAAAAGGUUAUUUUAGGGUAUUUUUUCAUGUUGACUCUUGAACAGUCCAAGGCAUUUCUCCUUGGAGCUGCCACAAGAGCAGAAACCUCAUCUCUGGGUGGGAUGGGAUAGACAAGAGAUGCUGCUGUAGGAUGCCUGUAGCAGUGAGUGGUCCAAUGCCACUCUGUCCCUGGCACUGUGCCACGGCUUGUGGGCUCUGUGCCAUCCUGGUGUCACAGCAGCCCAAAAAAGUGGGAAAUGAGGAUGCUCAGGGUGUCACAGCUCUGCUCAGCACCAGGUCCAGGGCCCACCCAGCACCUUCCCAGUAUUUCCACAGAGCAUGGGCUGGGGGAAGCCACUUGGCUGCUCUGAGUCUCUCCCCCAGCCCCCCACAGUCCCCACAUCCCAGCGAGACCCUGAGCAGCAAAAUAAUCACUUCCAGCAUCAUUAUCCAUCGCAAACCCCAGCUUCCAAUUUUAAUCAGAGGAGCUGGUGUUGCUUUAAGAUCUGCGGGUUUUAAAGAUCACAAGAGGGGUUAGAGAAAAUUACCCUUGACUCUUACAUGCUAAUGUAAUCUCUAACCAGAUCUGCAGCACUGCAGCUAAAAUUGCUUUUUAGAUUAACAUUUAAUUAUUAACAGGGCCCCCUGAAAGGCCUGGGGCUGGAGCACGCGGAGGGGAGCGGAUUAGCCGGGCGGGAUGAGGGAAGGUCGGGCGAGGGAAGGUCGUGGGGUGACUCGUGUCACCUUUGGUGACAAACUUUGGGUUUUAUUUUACCUGAUGCUCCCCGUGGUUCACAGUGGGGUGACCUUUCUGUGCUCACUCCUUGUAGGGCUGAGCUGUGGCAUCGCUGCAUCCCCUCCACCCUAAAUCUGGAUGGGAGAUGGGAGUGGCAGUGCCAGGCAGCAGCACCGGCCAAAAUCCUGCUUGCCCUGCAAUGGGUGGGCAUCCACUGUGUGUGGAGGGGAAUCCUUCCUCCUCUGGCACCUCCUCACCCUCGGCAUGGGAUGGGAAACCAGUGGUGGUGGCAGUGACGGAUGGGGGUGGUGACAGGGAGCUCCGAUGUCCCCAGGGCUGUGAGGGAGGGGAGCUCCCUGCUGGUGUGGUUGGAUUCUCCUCCACCUGUGGAGGGACGAGGGACAGGGAUGUUCUCUGUUGUACUCUUCACACCAAGGGCCAGUGAGGGCUUUUGCUUUGUUUCUCUGGUUGCUGCCAGCCUUGGCCUUCUCUGUGCUGUCCGUGUGUCUGUCUGGCACUGUCAGGAGCCUCCUGUGCCUCUCAGGGUCACCCCUCACCUCCUGUCCUCCUGCCAAACCCAGUGCUGGCUUUUGAUAGCCAAGGAGGACACAACCAUGGUGUGGCUCAAACAGCUUUGCAGUAUCCCUGGUCCCGCCCCCCUUUCCUCUCCCAACCCCAAAAGCUCUCUUUUGAUGGGAUUGCACCCCAACAACACCUGGGGAAGGAUCUGGAGCUGUUCCACCACAGCCUGGAUGGUGACCAAGACCUUGUCCCUCACCAUCCCCGCCCUGCCACAGCUCAGCAGCCACACAGACCCACUUCAGGCUGAGACUUUAAAAGUUCCUUUUUUCUUUUCUCCCCCCUCCCGUCACAUUUCCUUUUAUCUAAAUCCUCGCCUGCAAAAGCCUCAAUCGACAGCUGCCCUGGCCUUAUCUCGCGGGAGGGACCUUCGCAGGGCUCUCGGAGGAGAUAAGCCCGACUUAUCAGCUGCUGAUGUCAGAGGAGGUGCCAAACCCUCCCAUCACUGGGGCUUUAGACAUAGAGGGUGGUGUUUUUUAUUAAAGUCACAAAGACCUUGGGCUUAUAAAUAGUGUGAUGUCGAGAUGGAUUAGCUGGGUGUGGGGCAGGGUGGAGUGGUGGGAGAGGGGAAGGAUGGAGUUGUGGCUCCCCCAUCCCUGGAAGUGUUCAAGGCCAGGUUGGACAGGGCUUGGAGGAACCCGGUCUACUGGAAAACAUCCCUGUGCAUGUCAGGGAGUGGAGGAGAAUGGGCUUUAAUGGCCCUUCCAACCCAAAACAUUUGGUGAUUCUGUGAUGCCAGAGUUGUGGAAUAUGGGGUUGGGGCUCCUGGGGCACCUUGCUCCAGAUGUCCCCAAGGGACCCCACUGUUGGUGGGACUUGCCCUGUGCCCCAGUGCUGGGUGAUGGUGGGUCCACGUGCACAGCCUGGGCAGAGACCGUGCAGACUCGGGGCGUUCCAGCAAAACUGCUGAGUGUUGCCUUCCCUGCCACGAAAGAGCCAGAGCAGCUUGAACUAAAUCGGAUCCUGCUGAUUGGAAUUAGUUCAAAUGCAGAUGGAGCUAACUAAGCCGGCGCUAAGCGUUGGACAGCCCAGCGCCCAAUUCCCAUCAGCUGAUUCAGGGGCUUUUCGGAGCGGCAUUAGCGAAAUGCCACCGCGGCACAGAUGCCCAUUGUGCCAGGCGCCCACCCGCUCGCCCACGGGCCCUCUGGGGCUUGGGGCUCCCAGCAGGGUGUUGGGGUGGACAGACGGACGCUGUUCUGGGGUCGUGGCACCAGAGCCUCCCUGGUUCUGAGCGUGCCUGUGAAGGUGGGGCGAGGAGCAGCGUAGCUGUCGGGAAAAUCAUCUGGGCUGCGAGACGCCGGGAGACGGGGGCAGCAGCAGGGGCUGAAUUAAUCUGUGCCUUUAUUCAGUUUGGCGUGUGGCUCCCGCGCCUCUCCCGCCCGCUGCCGGCGAUGAUCCCAGCCCAGGGUGGGGAUGGCUCCAGGAGGGAGCUGGGCUGUGCGUGGCAGGGCGCAGAAUUGUGGGGACAACCUGUGCCAGCAUGGAGGUGUCCCCAGGGCUCUGCUGGGCCCUCAGGGUGCCCUCAGCUCCUGUGGCAGGCUGCAUCCACACCAUCCCUGUGCCAGCACGUGGGUUUGGUGACCCCCCGGGUGCCUUCUCCUCGCUCUCAGCCCCGCGUGCCACAGGGACCAGCAGGGGCCUGAUCCAAUCUGGCAGUGGCACGAGCCGCCCACGCCGCCCGUGUCCGCCAGGGACACGGGUCAGUGUCCCCGCGAGGAGCGGGUGACGUCCGCCGCUAAUCGGCCAGAUGGUGACACCCGGCGGGACGCCAGCCCCGAGGUCACCGCGGAGCUCGGGCUCAGGUACGGCAGGAACCAGUGCCAUCAUCCAUCUCCUGCACGGCCGUGGGUGCCUUGAUCCAGGGCCACCCCUUGGGGACAGCGAUGGGGAUGAGGUCGGGGUGGCAGCUCCCGUCGUGGAAAAUCCGGGUGCUGGGCACGUUCCGGGGGAGCCGAGGCGCCGGGAGCGGGGCUGCGUAAUGAACCCCGAGUCCCGGCGGGGAGAGGAGAACUCCUGGCAGUCAAGUGCGUUCAGGCUCUGAAUAAGAAGCACUUCAUUCUCUUUUCAAAUUGUAUAAUUUCUGCCUGAUUGUAAUGGCAUAUUUUAAAAUUACCAGAAAUCGAAGCCAGAAAAUGGAUACGGCUGCUUUUACUGCGAGCUGCGUUAACAAAGGAUAUGUAAUGCAUGAAAUAAAAACACCUCCCUGCCCCCCUCCUUUUUUUUUUAAGACAGUAAUAGGAGAAAAUUGGUUUUGAAACUGAAUAAAAGUCCCUUUCAGAGGAAAUCAUUUCUUUCAGGGUACCUUUGCUGAAAGUAAAAUAGUGAAUAAUGAAAGGUGGUUACAUGAUUGUCUUUCAUUUAGAGAGCGCGAGGACAGAUGGAAUCUGGGAGAAAUGCACGAUUGGAAUAAUUGCAUGGUAACAAGGCGCUUGUUGUGAAAUUAGUAUCUUAAGAAAGUAGUGAAAAAGGCUUUUACUCAUGAAUACUUCAUUAUUAGGAGAAAACAGCACAAUUUGGGUUCUCCAGACACCUGCUCGGUAUUAGAUGACUUCCUCCCCUCCUCCUCCUCCUUCUCGUCAUCCUCCUCCUCUUCCUUACACCUUUUGCUGACGAGUCUCUCCUUGUCCUUGCUUUGCUGGGGGAGUCAGGGUGAGACCCUGAGCCUGAUGAGCCCAGCUGAGGCAUGGACACCCUGCAUGGAUCCCAUCCCGGGGAUUAUCCCAGAGCCUGGCACCCUCUGCCUGGUGGAGGGCACAGAGCAGGAGCAAGCAUGGGUCCCCUUGUGUGUGCCCAUGGUGGCUGUAAAGGUGUUUUAAAGGGUGACAUUUAAACCAGGAGAGCUUGGAGAGCCUCAGGCACAGCUCAGGAAGCAUCAAUCCAUGCUUUAUUUCCUUGUGCUGAUGGUCACGGGCUCUGCCAGAGGCCACCACGUGCCUGAGGCCACCGCAUCACUUCCCAGCUCUGGGACAUGUGGGAAACAUCCUGGAUGGCUGCAGGAGGACACGAUUCCCCCACAACAGAGAAGAUGGAGUGAUGUACCCAGAGGUGACACCCAUCCAUGGUGUCCAGUUGUGACCCCCGGCCAUCCACGAACGUUCAGCCAGAGAGCAGCAGCGCAGGAGCUGGAACGCCGGCGGAUGGGCACCACGCCUGCUUUUCUGCUGCUCCUGCCCACGUCUCCCUGCCCUCUCCGAGUGGGAAUAUCGCUCCCUGCGCCAGCUGGAGCAGUGGGAGGGUGUCAGCAGCAACUGGUUGUAACUCAGGGCCCCGGCGGCGGCUGGGGAAGGAUGUACAAUGAGCAGCACCGUGGUGACGACGACUUUGGCCUGACCCCUCCAGCUUUUGUCAAGCGGAUUUUGAUGCCAGCUGGGAGCUGGCGGCAGAUCCCAGCACCCCGAGUGGGAUGUUAACACUGUCUUUCCCCAGCCUCGGCCGGGGUCACUCUGUGCCAGGAGGCACCGGCUGGCACGCCGGCGGAGCAGUCUGGCACCGCCACGAUGCCCCGGCUGCGCCACAUUCCCGGUGGGAAGGGCGGAAAGCUCUGCAGGAAGCGCAAAUCACCCGCUGAGACCUUCAUAUUUAUUUUAUAGACAUCCCUAUUCAUUUCAGGCUUUCAGAGUUAGUUGUUUGUCUCCAGAGGAGCGAAGGCACUGAGUGCAGGGGAGCUCCUGCUGGGUGGGCACCGGGGUGGUGGCAGGGGGUGUUGGCAGGGGGUGGUGGCAGGUCCCUGGCUCACCGUGUGUCUCCUCUCUCGCAGGGCACGGGGCGGCAACGCCCGCAGGGAAGCCUGGACCAUGCUGGCCUGCCUGCAGAGGACCCAGAACCCCCCAGCCCAGCACCUCCCCUGCCCCAACAAGGCGCUGGAGCCACGCAAGUGCGAGACGGCCCCCAUGCAUUCCCCGCGCUACCCCAGCCCCGCCGAGCUGGACGCCUACGCACAGAAGGUGGCCAACAGCCCGCUGACCAUCAAGAUCUUCCCCACCAACAUCAGGGUCCCCCAGCACAAGCACCUUAACCGGACGGUGAACGGCUACGACACCACGGGGCAGAGGUACAGCCCCUACCCCCUGCACGCCGGCGGCUACCAGGGGCUGCUGGCCAUCGUCAAAGCCUCCGGCAAAAGCGUGGUGAAGAACUCGGAGGGGAAGCGGACUAAGCUCUCGCCCGCCCAGGUGGGCGUCGCUCCCUACCCCGCCUCAAGCACUUUAGCUCAAGGUCCCUCCUGCGCCGGGCAGCUGAGCUACCACGGCGGCCAGAAGCAGCUGGAGGGUCCCGUGCCCCCCAACGUGACGGUGGCGGCCUCGGUGCUGCCGCUGGCGGGCAGGAGCCUGGCCCUGCCUCCCUCCAACCUGCCCUCCAUCCAGAGCAUCAUCUACCAGAUCAAUCAGCAGUGCCAGGCGCAGGGUGCCCAGCCCGGCUGCCCGGCCGUCGUGGCAGCCCACCCCAGCCCGGCCAAGCACGGCGCCUUCGGCCCCGGCUACGGCGGCACCGUCCUGCCCGAGUGCCGCAAGGGCGCCGAGCUGCCGCUGGGCUCCAACCCGGCCGCCGCCCUGGGACCCAAGGCGGGCGUUUACCCCGAGGGCAUGGACUACCUGGUGUGGCAGCAGAAGCAGCAGCAGCAGCACCUGCGAAUGUACAGCGGGGGCAGCGGCGGCGGGGGGGCCCUCAGCAAAUCCCCCGAGACGUGCGCGGGCGCCUCGCGGCCCUACGGCCUCGGCGGCGCUGCCGACAAGGUGAGCUCGUCCCCCUUGAACUGCAUGCACGGCAACUUCGCGGUGGGGCAGUACUUCGCUCCGCCCUGGAACAGCAUCCUGGUGACCCCCAACAGCGACUGUUACAACCCCCCGGAGCUGGGGGCCGGGCCCCGCGAGCUGGGGGUGCCCCCGGCCGAGGGGCUGCCCAGCAAGACCCUCUGCAAUACCUCCAUCCUCAGCAGCAGCCUCCAGUCCCUGGAGUAUCUCAUCAACGACAUCCACCCGCCCUGCAUCAAGGAGCAGAUGCUAGGCAAGGGCUACGAGACCGUGUCUGUGCCAAGGCUCUUGGACCACCAGCACGCCCACAUCCGCCUGCCCGUCUACAGAUAAGGGACCGAUGCUGCUCUUCCCAAACCCAGGGCGAGGACUUUGGCGCGAGCCGCGGGCACCGGACCGCGGCGGCGAGGGCAGGGGACAGGGAGGGGGACGCGGGGUCGGCUGCCAAAAGGGCUCCCGGGACACUGGCGUUGCACCGGGGUCCCCAGACUGGACACACCCGCGACCCGCUGGAAGCCGAGGCCGAAGGACCGCUUGUCUAUAUAGCUCAGAAAUCAUUUUAUCUCCACGAAUGUGAACAGGGAAUUGCUACGAGUUGCUGCUAUCCAGGGAGGGGAGGCUCUGCUGCGCUGGCGGUGCCCAGAGCGGGGCAGAGCCCGGUGCUGUGCCCGGCCGGGAGGCUCCAGGGUGGGUCUGGGAGGCUCCGUGGUGGCCAGGGCUGAGCUGGCAGCUGUCCAGGAGGCUCCACAGUGGCCAGUCCUGGCACAGCAGUGGCUGGGAGGCUCCGUGGUGGCCAGUGCCAGCCUAGUGGUGGCCGGUCCCAGCCCGGCGUGUGGCCGGUGCGUGGCCGCAGGGAGCUGGCGCCUGACCUGUAGCUGAAGUCCGUAACUUGCACUGCUUUGAUUAAAGCUAAUAACUGGGGACAGUCUGGAGGCUAUUUAAGAAAAACACUUGAAAACUUGAACAGAUUUUUUGGUUUCUUUAAUUUUUUUUUUUUUUUUUUGGUUAACUAGGCUGUACAUCUAUGUGUUGGCUGCUACAGAGUCUCCUCCCACCCCUCUUCCUCCUCAUCCUCCUCCUCUCGCCCGGCCCCACAGUGGCCACGGCUCCUAUUCCCACUCAACCAGGAGAUUUGGGACCCCCUCAGCCCCUCUCUCCUGGGAACCCCUGGCUCUCACACUUCCAGGCUGUUUUAUUUCCUCCCUUACUGUCAGUUCUACCUUGGUUCUGGGUCGCGGUACUGGGGCGCUCACAUACCUCCUUUUUUUUCUCUUUUUUUUUUU